AUUCUAAAGGCAAAACCUAGAUUAGAGAAAAUCUCUUAAACCUUUCAUCACUACAACCUCGUGAAAGUAACAAACUGACACGUUUUAAUUAUUCACGAAAAAUACACUUUAUAUCCGCGCAGUUAGGCGCGACACGACCGUUAGCCCCGAUGACGUUUUAUUGCGCAUGAGCUAUGCUAGCUAAUGUCGCAAUGACAUCGCCUACACGUUUGAUGAGGGAUUUCUAUUGGAGAAGCAGUUUCUGCAUAUCUUCAUACUGGACCGUCUUUGGUAACAUUGUUGUGGAACGACGUCACAGUUGGAAAAUGAAGGCGCAGAGGCAGCCAUUAUUGGAGGUUCAGUAAUUAUUGUAUUCCAAAUAAAUAAUCGAGGGAAACUUCCAUGGCAAGGGCCACAAGUCAAAUUUAUGAUGUUGUGCCCAUUCAAUCCAGCGUGGUCAUCUGUUCCUGUCCACAUCCACCAAUGGUAAGAAAUCAGCCUGACUCCUGCUCGCCACGUGCCAUCCCAGGCGCAAGUAGCAGCCACUGUACCAGCAUGGAGGGCCCCACCUCAGAGUCCCGGGCUCCGGGAAAACCUGCCAGCCUGGGCGCCGAGCUCCGGGCACAGCAGGCCCCUCAGCCGCGCAAGAAGAGGCCAGAGGACUUCAAAUUCGGGAAGAUACUGGGAGAGGGCUCCUUCUCAACCGUUGUCCUUGCAAGAGAACGUGCAACGGCAAAAGAAUAUGCAAUAAAAAUUUUGGAGAAGCGGUAUAUUAUGAAGGAGAACAAGGCGCAGUACGUGAAAAGAGAACGGGAUGUGAUGUCGAACCUAGAUCAUCCGUUCUUCGUCAAACUGUACUUUACAUUUCAAGAUGAUGAAAAGUUGUAUUUUGGCCUUAGCUAUGCUAAGAAUGGAGAGCUUUUGAAAUAUAUUCGCAAAAUUGGUUCUUUUGAUGAGACCUGCACUAGAUUCUACUCGGCUGAAAUUGUUUGUGCACUAGAAUAUUUGCACGAGAAGGGAAUAAUUCACAGAGACCUUAAACCUGAGAAUAUUUUACUGAGCGAAGACAUGCACAUCCAAAUAACAGACUUUGGAACAGCAAAGCAGUUAUCUUCAGAUGGCAAACAAGCAAGAGCAAACUCCUUUGUAGGAACUGCGCAGUACGUGUCUCCAGAGCUGCUGACAGAGAAAUCGGCCUGCAAGAGCUCUGACCUCUGGGCAUUGGGAUGCAUAAUUUAUCAGCUAGUGGCUGGGCUACCACCCUUCAGAGCUGGAAACGAGUACCUAAUAUUCCAGAAGAUAAUCAAGCUGGAGUAUGAAUUCCCUGAGAAGUUCUUUCCCAAAGCUAAGGAUCUCGUUGAACAGCUUUUGUCGCUGGACCCCUCCAAGAGAAUUGGUUGCGAGGAUAUGGGAGGGUACGAACCCCUGAGGGGACACCCGUUCUUCGAGACCAUCUCUUGGGGAGACCUCCAUGUGCAGACGCCCCCCAAGCUCACUCCAUACCUGCCAGCCAUGUCCGAGGAUGACGAGGACUGCUAUGGAAACUACGAUGACCUCCUGAGCCAGUUUAGCAGCAUGCAGGUGGCCCAGUCCAGCUCGUCCCACUCACUCUCCACGCCCGAUACCAUUCCCCCAGCACCACAGAGGUCCAGCAGCAACAUCGAGCAGUACAUCCAUGACCUGGACAACAACUCGUUUGAGCUGGACCUGCUGUUCUCUGAGGAGGAGAAGCAGCUGCUGCUGGAAAAACAGACCAGUAGGAACCCUUGGCACCAGUUUGUUGAGAAUAAUUUGAUCCUGAAAAUGGGCCCAGUGGAUAAAAGGAAGGGUCUGUUUGCUCGGCGGAGGCAGCUGCUCCUUACUGAAGGGCCACACCUGUACUACGUGGACCCUGUCAACAAAGUCCUGAAGGGGGAGAUCCCCUGGUCCCCCGAGCUGCGCCCAGAGGCCAAGAACUUCAAGACCUUCUUUGUCCACACGCCCAAUCGAACAUACUAUCUGAUGGAUCCCAGUGGAAACGCUGACAAGUGGUGUAAGAAAAUCCAGGAAGUGUGGAGAAAGAUCUACCACAAGCACCAGAAUCCUGGCCUAUAGGAGAGCAGUUACUCCUGCGGCCACUCCUUCCUCCAAGCUCUGAGGCCAAUCGCAGAGUAACAUCCUCUUUAGGGCCCUUCAUCACCGCAAUGUAAACAAACUCUUUUAGAGACGCUGGCAUCUAGACCUUGUUUAUUUUCCUUUUCUGAAAUGAGCAGAACCAAUAGGAAAAAAAAGACCAUGGGAUUCAGGGUUGCUUUGCUUGUUCUUUGUGCUCUGUGUGGCUUUUAAUGAUUUUUUUUUUCAUGUGGAUGAUUACUGCUUCCAUGCACAUCGGCAUUUUAUACAUUCUGCAGGGGUAAGAGAGAGGAUAGGCUUUGUAGAAUGUCACUGGUGUAGGUACCAUUUUAAGACCAUUUCAUUGCAAGGGCUGGUUUCCUUCUUCAACAAUAACAAAACACAAUCCAGCAUUGCUCGUACACUAGAGUUUAUCCCAAUACAGUAUGAUACUCAAAUCCAGAUCCUAAUCCAACAUUGUAUCCCUCUGUAAUUUUACCUGAACUCGACACACGUACUAUAGACUAGUGCCUGGUUCAGUAUCACACUGCAACUAGGCGCUUACCCAAUAAAGUAUAUUUUUGUCAGACCCCCAUUGUCCACAUAGUGUAUAUAUGAAUUGGUUCUCAACGCUCUUGGUACUUACUGUUUGCAGUCCGGUUUGGGUCUGUAUGUUAAUUUUUCAGGGCAGAGCGCUGGUCCCCAAAGUGAGGCAUAGAUAUGAAUAGCACUCAAUUGCUUCAGCGUGGUUCUCCAUACACUGAGACUGUGAGGACAGUCCCUAAUAGUAAACCAUUACAUUGCAAAUAGGGGGGGGGGGGUGAACAUGCCACUAGCGUGUACUCUUAUCACAAGACUCGCUUAGCUUUCCUGCACGGACAUUUUUUAGCAUAGCAUUGUCUGCUUCUCUCCCAGGGCACUGGAGAUAUAGUUUUAUUAAAGCUAAGGUGGGUAUUUUGAUUGCAUUGGCAACUAUAGAUAAUAAUAUUGAAUUAUUUGGCUGUAAUUUACCAUUCACUGGCUAUUUCUUUGUGGUUUGAAUCAUUUUUGUUUUAUUUGGUUGGAUUGAUGGUUAAUCUUCAGUGUGUCCUGUUUAAAACAACAGAAUGCUGACCACCCCAUUAUGAACAUCUUUGGUGAUAAUGAAAGCUUCAAGUGUUACAUCCACAAUACUAUCAUUUCUUGGAAGCAAUCAUAGUACAGCUGUAGUCCCAGGGAAAGUUGUCAGCUUUGCCUCGUUGUGUUAUCAAGGUUCAUUAGGAAUGUCCCUGUCAUUUUUUUACAACAUGACACCUGGCCCAAUAUGUAUCGAUCGAUUUGACUUUUGCUCUUUUUUUUUUUUUUUUAGAGAUGUAUAAUAGUAAUACUUUAAAUUCUGACAUUACGUUAAGGUCCUCUCGAGAGAUAUUCCUCCAGCUCUUAGUCUGUGUGUGCGACUGAAGCAGGUGAAUAAUAGCCUCUGGCUUGGCUGAACUUGCUUGAACAUCAACUAAAGGGUAUCUGAUCCAAAUAAGAUGAAAUUGCUGUAUCUGUCUCUAAAGUAAGGAAACACUAUAGAAAGUGUUUGCUUCUCUUGUUAGAAUUUUUUUUUAAAUCAAGUUGGGCGGCAAGUCGGUUACAUUGUGUAUGUAAUACUCUACCUGGUUUGUAACCGACUAGAACUGUGAUGUACAGACGAUGUAUUAUUGAAAUCUGAAGCAAGUAAUGCAAUGAUAUUAGGAUACAGUUUUUGUAUUUUUAUUCUUGUAUAAGGUUAUUUGAUGGCUAUUGUUUAGCCUCUAGUUCAUUCUGUGUUAUUUAAAUUCUAAUAUAUGAAUCAUAUUUGGAUUGAAGUCAUGUUCAGGGGCCAUGUUGUGUAUGUAUUGAGAUGUAAAGCCUUUGAAUGUGAAUAAUUAUUGUAAACUAUAAUAUUUUACAGCUUUUUUCUUACUAUAUCAUAUACAUUUUCUAUUUGCUCAGUGAUUUAAUCAUAUUUCUGAUAAUUUAAUGAUUCUGUUCAUUCUCUCUGAUUGUUUGUGCGCUAGGUCAGUAGUUGUUGAAUGAUGAAUUUUCCACGUAAUGCUUGGUAGUCCAGUAAUUAAAGCAUGUAGGGAUUUAGGCAUACAAUAAUA